AUGAAGGAGCUGUCUGUUUUCUCCCUCAUCUGCUCCUGCUUCUAUCCAGAGGCACGUAACAAGCUGGUCGUCUGUGAGUUUGAAGGUAAGAACCAGAGGCACGCAACAAGCUGGUUGUCUGGGAGUCUGAAGGUAAGAACUAGAGACAUGUAACAAGCUGGUCGUCUGUGAGUUUGAAGGUAAGAACCAGAGGCACUCAACAAGCUGGUCUUCUGGGAGUCUGAAGGUAAGAACUAGAGGCAUGUAACAAGCUGGUCGUCUGUGAGUUUGAAGGUAAGAACCAGAGGCACACAAGAAGCUGGUCAUCUGUGAGUUUGAAGGUAAGAACCAGAGGCAUGUAACAAGCUGGUCGUCUGGGAGUUUGAAGGUAAGAACCAGAGGCACACAACAAGCUGGUCGUCUGGGAGUUUGAAGGUAAGAACCAGAAGCACGCAACAAGCUGGUCAUCUGUGAGUUUGAACUAUAGAAGAAGAAAAAUUAAAAAAAGAAGAAGAAAAAUACAAUAUAUUCUUAUACAAUAUAUAAGAAUAUAUAUAUAUAUAUAUAAAAUACAAAAUAAGUGUUUUUUGUCUUGUAUUUAAUUGUUGACAGCCAGUAGAUGCCAUGUUUACAUUGGAAAAGGCGACGCAUUUAAGUUGAUUAUGUUGUGCAAUGGAAGUUGCUUUCUGUUGGUGGUAAGCAAACUUGUCUAACAAAAAUAUAGGAUAUAUUUGUUGUCUUAAGGGGGAAGGUGUUAUAGGUUUUGGUUUUUCCAUUUAUGUUUUGAGGUUGGUCUUUAGCACGUAUAGCUCGUUAGCACGUAGGGCGCACCGAUUGGUGUCACCUCGUUAGUCAGUAUGUGUUACACCUCUGCUGGAAGCCAUCUCGUUAGAGGGAAGGUAUUUCACCUGUGCUGGCCCAGGUGCUAUUUAAGAGUGGCUGGCCUGGUGCUCCAAUUGUUUUGAUAGAUGUGGAGGGUUAACACCUUUAGUUGUCUUGCUAGAUGUGGAGGGUUGACUCCUUUAGUUGUCUUGAUAGAUGUGGAGGGUUAACUCCUUUAGUUGUCUUGAUAGAUGUGGAGGGUUAACUCCUUUAGUUGUCUUGAUAGAUGUGGAGGGUUAACUCAUUUAGUUGUCUUGAUAGAUGUGGAGGGUUAACUCCUUUAGUUGUCUUGAUAGAUGUGGAGGGUUAACUCCUUUAGUUGUCUUGAUAGAUGUGGAGGGUUAACUCCUUUAGUUGUCUUGAUAGAUGUGGAGGGUUAACUCUUUUAGUUGGCUCUCCCUAUUUUGAUUUCUAGACAAACAAUCCAUUAUCUGAUUUCCCUGAUUUCGUUUUGCUCCAGCUUUUGGUUUGCUUCCUGUCUUUUAGUUUGGGUUUUUUAUUUUGUUUGCCUCUUCUUGGGCAAAUUUAGUAGGUGCUCAUGGUGGGUGUCUUUUAGGUCCCAGUUGUUGUUGCUAGUCAGCUUUCAGUGGACACCCCAAUGAGUGUCUUUCAGAAUCCCACCGGUUUCAUUUUGGUUGUUGGUCUGUGACUCUUUGUUAGUUCCCCCUUCUGUUUGAGCGACAUUGUUGUUUUUUUCUUGCUGCGGAACAUAACACACGACACGUUUUACUUCCAAUGCGUAGUCUUUCAGAUCAAGUCAAAGCACUACAGUCUGAUUGUCACUGUAGUUGACCUGAUGCCAUUUCAGCUCAAUCCAGGAGCUGAGCCCUUUAUUGUAUUGGAAGAUCUUUAUCUUUUACCGUUAUUGUUUUGAAUGUCCUCCUGAAUUGACGAAGAUUAUUUUAUUGUCCAAUGUACAUGGAAGUCCAACAGAAACUUUUCUCAUGCUUUAUUCCAACACCUCAGAAAAACAUUCACAAGACACACAUGAAAUGGUUUGACAUGCACAUAUCUUCACAUAUCUUUUGGACAUGCCCUAAAUUACAACCUUCCUGGACAUACAUAAUCUAUUAACUCAAAGACAUGUUUAAAGUGGACAUCCAAAUAAUAUAACAUAUCUCAGAAUUACUCCACAAGCACUCAACAAUACAGACAAACUGCCAUAUAACAUCUUAAUUAUUGCAAGUAAAAAUGCAAUAGCAAGACACUGGCUGUCACUUCAAUUACCAACCAUCCUGGACUGGACCAACAUUACCAACCAUCCUGGACUGGACCAACAUUACCAACCAUCCUGGACUGGACCAACAUUACCAACCAUCCUGGACUGGACCAACAUUACCAACCAUCCUGGACUGGACCAACAUUACCAACCAUCCUGGACGGGACCAACAUUACCAACCAUCCUGGACUGGACCAACAUUACCAACCAUCCUGGACUGGACCAACAUUACCAACCAUCCUGGACGGGACCAACAUUACCAACCAUCCUGGACUGGACCAACAUUACCAACCAUCCUGGACGGGACCAACAUUACCAACCAUCCUGGACUGGACCAACAUUACCAACCAUCCUGGACUGGACCAACAUUACCAACCAACCUGGACUGGACCAACGUAACCAACCAUCCUGGACGGGACCAACAUUACCAACCAUCCUGGACGGGACCAACAUAACCAACCAUCCUGGACGGGACCAACAUUACCAACCAUCCUGGACUGGACCAACAUAACCAACCAUCCUGGACGGGACUAACAUAACCAACGGCAUCCAAGAUAUGGGAAAAAAUAACAGUUACAACCCGUUUGAAACUGGACCCCUUUGUAAAUACCUGGACCAAAUGGACAUCAUAUAUAAACCAAAAAAACAACAUAACCCAUCUAGACCACAGACCCCAGAAGACCAGACCCCAGAACAUAGAAGACCAGACCCCAAACUCAAGAAGACCAGAUCCCAGAAGACCAGACCCCAGAAUACCAGACCCAGAAGAUCAGACCCCCGACCCCAGAAGACCAGACCUUAGAAGACCAGACCUUAGAAGACCAGACCUUAGAAGACCAGACCUUAGAAGACCCGACCUUAGAAGACCAGACCCCAGAAUACCAGACCCAGAAGAUCAGACCCCCGACCCCAGAAGACCCGACCUUAGAAGACCAGACCUUAGAAGACCCGACCUUAGAAGACCAGACCCCAGAAGACCCGACCUUAGAAGACCAGACCCCAGAAGACCAGACCUUAGAAGACCAGACCCCAGAAGACCAGACCUUAGAAGACCAGACCCCAGAAGACCAGACCUUAGAAGACCAGACCCCAGAAGACCAGACCACAGAACAACUAGACACACAGGAAGAAGGAUAAAGAACCAGGGUGAAGAUGGAGGAAAUAUAUUUAUCUUAAACAGAUGAUAUGUUUAAAUAAAUGUAAAAUGUAAAUUAAAUGUUUUUUUAUUAAAUAAUAAAGUAGUCCUCUGAAAGUUUUCACUUGUUUUUCAGACAUGGAGGUGAAGCCAAUCAACAAGCGGGCGUCGGGCCAGGCCUUCGAGGUGUUUCUGAAGCCCCCCUCCCCGGUGUCAGACGCGACCCAUAGCAUCAUUUCGCCCCCCAAGAGGGAGGUGUCCCUAGAGGACAUCCAGAAGAAACUGGAGGCAGCUGAGGACCGGAGGAGGGUGAGUAGUAGAACUAUAGAACUAGAAUUAUAGAACUGCAGUAGGGAAUUCUAUAUCUAGUGAUUCUACUUCUAUGGUGACAUCACUGCUCUGUGGUCCAGUCCUGAAGAGGGUGAGUAUUAGAACUAUAGAACUAGAAUGAUAGAACUGCAGUAGGGAAUUCUAUAUCUAGUGAUUCUACUUCUAUGGUGACAUCACUGCUCUGUGGUCCAGUCCGGAAGAGGGUGAGUAGUAGACCUGAAAUAGAACUAGAAUAAUAUAACUUUUAGAAAAAAGGGUUCCAAAAGUGUUCUUCAGCUGUCCCCAUAGGAUAACCCUUUUUGCCUGCUGUCUGAUAGCACCUUUUUUCCCCCUAAGAGUGUAUAGAAUUCUAUAUCUUUGAGUAGGACACCCCAGGGCCCUGUGUGUUAUAAUAAUUAAUAUCCAUAUAAUUAGAAUCACUAGAACAGCCGUCCCAUUCAAGUUCACAUUCCGUGGUGGAUGGAGCGGCGGCCAUAUUGAAUGUACCAGUCAAAUUACACUGUGGUCUGAGGUGCUUUGACCAUUCUGGUGAUUCUAACUCUAUGGUGACAUCCCUGGUCUCUCUGUGGUCCAGUCCCAGUCCUAGUGAUUCUAACGCUAUGGUGACAUCCCUGGUCUCUCUGUGGUCCAGUCCCAGUCCUAGUGAUUCUAACUCUGUGGUGACAUCCCUGCUCUCUCUGUGGUCCAGUCCCAGUCCUAGUGAUUCUAACUCUAUGGUGACAUCCCUGGUCUCUCUGUGGUCCAGUCCCAGUCCUAGUGAUUCUAACUCUAUGGUGACAUCCCUGGUCUCUCUGUGGUCCAGUCCCAGUCCUAGUGAUUCUAACUCUGUGGUGACAUCCCUGCUCUCUCUGUGGUCCAGUCCCAGUGAUUCUAACUCUAUAGUGACAUCCCUGCUCUCUCUGUGGUCCAGUCCUAGUGAUUCUAACUCUAUGGUGACAUCCCUGGUCUCUCUGUGGUCCAGUCCCAGUCCUAGUGAUUCUAACUCUAUGGUGACAUCCCUGCUCUCUCUGUGGUCCAGUCCCAGUCCCUAGUGAUCUACACGCUUCUAGCUCGGGAUAUAGUGACAUCCCGCUCUCUCUGGGGUCCAGUCCACAGAUCCCAGUGAUUGCUAACUCGAUAUGUGACAUCCCCUGCUCCUCUCUUGUGGUCCAGUCCUAGUGAUUCUAUAAACGCUAAUGGUGUACCAUCCCCUACUCUCCUUUGGGGUCCCGGAUCCCCAGUGAUUCCAACUCUAUAGUGACAUCCCUGGCUCUCGUCUGUGGUCCAGUCCCUAGUGAUUCUAACUCCUAAGUGGUGACAUCCCUGGUUCGCUCUGUGGGUCCAGUCCCAGUCCUAGUGAUUCUAACUCUAUGGUGACAUCACUGGUCUCUCUGUUGUCCAGUCCCAGUCCCUAGUGAUUCUAACUUAGGGUGACCAUCCCUGCUCUCCACUUUGGUCCAGUCUCAGUCCUAGCGAUUCUAACUCUGUGGUGACAAUCCCCUGGUUCUCUCUGUGGUCCACCCAGCUAGUGAUUCGAACUCUAUGGUGACAUCUGCUCUACUGUGGUCCAUCUAGGAUCUAACUCUAUGGUGACACUGCAUUCUUGUGGUCCAGUCCCAGUCUAGUGGAUUAACGCUAUGUGAUUCCCUUCCUCUCUGUGGUCCAGUCCGUCCUGUGAUUCAACUCUGUUGGGACAUACCCUGGUCCCUGGUGUCCAGCCAAAAGUCGGUAUGAUUCUACUCUAGGUGACACCCCUGGUCUCUCUGUGUCCAUCCCAGUCCUAUGAUUCUAACUCCUAUGGUGACAUCCCUGGUCCCCUAGCUGGUCCAGUCCCAGUCAUUGAUUCUAACUCUAUGGUGACAUCCCUGUCCCUCUGUGGUCCAUCCCAAGAGCCCAGGUCUGAGGGCCCCUGCAGAGAAGCAGGGAGCACGAGGACUUGCUCAAGGCCAUGGAAGAGUAACAGCAAUUUCAUGGAUGGCAGAGGAGAAGCUCCAUGAAGUGGAAAGAAUCAAAGGAGAACCGGGAGGCCCACCUGGCAGCCAUGAUGGAACGCCUGCAGGAGAAGGUGAGAGGAGACUGACCAGUAGUACUGUAGUAGUAGUACUGUAG